UUCCUCUAAGCAAAUAUCUCGAAACAGAAAAGAAAAAAUGGAGGCCAAAACCUCGGUUAAAUUCGAUCCUUAUAUCGAACGAAAGGCUUUCGAUGAGACGCAAGAAGGAGUAAAAGGGCUUGUCGACGCUAAAAUCACCGAAGUCCCACGCAUCUUCCACAUCCCAAAAGAUUCCUUGACCAACAAGAAACCCUCUGUCUCUCUUACAGACCUAGAGAUUCCUAUCAUCGACUUUGCAAGCGUUCACGUGGACACAGCCUCACGUGAAGCCGUCGUGGAGAAGGUCAAACACGCGGCGGAGAAGUGGGGGUUCUUCCAGGUGAUUAAUCAUGGUAUUCCUUUAAAUGUUCUUGAAGAGAUUCAAGAUGGAGGACGUAGGUUUCAUGAGGAAGAUCCUGAGGUCAAGAAACGAUACUUCUCGCGCGAUUUCAGCGCUAACAAAUUUGUCUACAAUAGUAACUUCGAUCUAUACAGUGCUUCUCCUUCUGUUAAUUGGAGGGAUGCUUUCUCUUGUUACAUGGCUCCAGAUCCUCCACCUCCUGAGGAUCUCCCAGUGGCUUGCAGGGAUGCUAUGAUCGAAUACACAAAGCAUGUGAUGAAUUUAGGUGAUUUGCUAUUUGAGCUUCUUUCAGAAGCACUAGGUUUGAAAUCUGAUACCUUGAAGAACAUGGAUUGCUUGAAGAGUUUGCUUAUGCUCUGCAAUUAUUACCCACCUUGUCCGCAACCUGACUUAACUAUGGGGAUAAGUCAGCACUCUGACAACUCUUUUCUCACGAUUCUUCUUCAAGACAACAUCGGCGGUCUUCAGAUUCUUCAUCAAGAUUCUUGGGUCGAUGUCUCUCCUAUUCCCGGAGCUCUUGUCAUCAACAUGGGAGAUUUCUUGCAGUUGAUAACGAACGAUAAAUUUGUGAGUGCCAACCAUAGAGUGCCCGCGAACAGAGAAGGGCCAAGGGUUUCAAUAGCGAGCUUUUUCAGCUCAAGUUCACUCCCUAAUGCGACAGUUUAUGGACCCAUGAAAGAGCUUGUGUCUGAGGAAAACCCUCCAAAGUACAGAGACAUAACCAUAAAAGAAUAUACCGAAGGAUAUUUUGUGAAAGGUCUCGAUGGAACAUCCCAUCUAUCGAAUAUUAGGAUAUGAAUUAAGUGGAUGAUCAGCUACUCUGUUCUUCGCUAUGCAGUAGCUAACCCAAUGUAUCAAAAAUAAGAAUGCAUAGCCUAUGUGUGUGCGUGUGUAUUAGUGUAUGUGUUGAGCUACUCUUUGUUUGGAUCUUUCUACUUUAGCCAGACGUACCAGACCAUAAGAGCACCCUUAUUGAUAGAACUC